AUGGCACCAGCAUGGCUCUCCUCACCCAUCAUGAAGCGCCAAUGGCGAUACCCCAAAGUCAUCAUCUGGCUCAAUGUAAUCGAGCUUGCCGGCACCGUCGCCGCACUUGUCUGUAUCGGCAUCGCCGAUCCUGAUCUCUACCGCACGAAUCUAUGGCAAAUCGGGUACGAUAAUGGAUUCAACAGUAGUCCGGAUGAGAUUCUAUACGCAUAUGCGAAUUAUCGACCGCUGCCCAAGAUUGCUUUUGUAUGGAGUCAGACCUUGCAAAAUUUCAAUAUCGGAAUCUCGGUUCUGUCCAUGUUUAUUCAACUGUGCAAAGUGGUCAUGUUCAUUAUGCAUAUUUGGUAUCCUCUCGUUUCAACCGUUAUCAAUGGUCUUCUCACCAUCUGUUGGAUCGUCAGCAUAUAUGGACAAGCCGGACCAGAUCACACGGAUCCAAAACAUCCAAGUAAUGUCGCAUGGUAUAUCGCGAAGAGCUGUUCAUAUGCUGAACCCACCGGAAAUGGCCAUUACUGUGAGAUGGCCAAGGGUACCUUUGCCGUCACCGUUUUCAUGAUGAUCAUCUACCUCGUCAACACCCUCCUCGGCAUCCACUCCCUAAUCCCCACACGCCUCGAACGGUCCGUCAAUGCACUCGAUCUCGAAGAUAACCUCGAAUCCCCCACCAAAUCCACCACCAAAUCCACCACCAAAUCAAAACCGAAGAAUAUCGAUUCGCCAGAUUCGGAAAGACAGUGGGAAAUGCACGAUUUGCCGCAUACUGCUGAUGUGUCGAAACAACCUUUUACACCGAGAACUUUGGCGUUUAAAUCGCUGGAUAGACAGUUACCGUUGAGGGCUACUUCGGCGCCGAGGUUUGCGUAG